CACCAUGGUCUUUGGAUUCUUUUCUCGUAAACCAGCGCAACCCCAAGCAAGCGUAGAGUCUAUUCCGGCUGGUCCCCUUGACUCUGCUGCUGAGAAUUCCCAUCAACUCCAUACACCGUCUCCGUCUAUCGACUACCACCAGCUCCACCAACCUACUCCGCCACCAGUCCCCCCACCAGACACGCCCUCUCCUCCACCCGAACAACUCAUCACAGACCCAACAGAUCUCCUAUCCCUCAUCUCCUCCGUCCCCUCUCAAACUCUGCACGCGUUCACGCUUACCCACCUCCAGGACACACCACCUCCAGCGCUUACAGCACUCACGUCCUUCUUCUCCGCCCUCACGCCUCCGCCACGGUUACACUGCGUCCGAUGCCAUAAAUCCUACUUUGAGCUCGAGAACACCGACCGAUCGUGUCUAGUCCCUCACGACGAUGACAGCGCCGUCGUCGACCGCGUGCGUUCCGGUAUAGGCUCCAGUACAGAGUACGAAACGCUCUUUGGCUGCUGUUCCCGUACGGUAGAGGGAGACGGGGAUAUGGGCCCCCCUGAUGGUUGGUGCUACGAGGGUAAACAUACCGUCGACCCGAAACGCGCGCGCUUUCGCGCGGAUUCGACACCGCAUGACGAUAAACUUACGACGUGUGCCCAAAUGAGGUGUUUUGCGCCCCCGGCUACCGCGAAGCGGGCGAGGUCGACGAGGAAGAGGGCGAGGAAGGACGUGGAGGAGGGAGAGGAGGAGGAGGAUAACGCGAGUGUUGGGUCGUCCGUGUCGAAGGGCGCCAUAUCGAGCAAGAGUAAUCCCACCCGCGCGAUCAAGAAACCUAGGAAAAAUACGCAGACUAAUAACCCACCGACGGAUCCUGACGCGAUGGACGUUGACGCCCCUUCUACUUCUAUUUCUACUCCUGCACCCCGACCAAACACCCCACCCACUUCACCCCGUCGGAAACCCAGCACGCCCAAACCGAAAUCAUCAGCCUCGUCAUCGUCCACACGCGUCCCUAUCAACAAAAGCCCCCUCUCCGCGUCCUUCACCGCUGCUGCGUCGCCUACCCCUACUCCUUCCCGGCAGAUUGUUUCCGUCGAGGUACCGCUUAAGACGCCUCAUCAACGUAUAUCGAAAAAGAAAGUGUGCGAGAAGGAGGAAAUGGAAGAGUCGUCUGGGGGUGAACAAGGGGGGAAGGCGGAGGAGGGGAAGGUGGUUUAUGUGACGAAGAGCAAAAGCAAGGCUAGCCCGGCAGCACCGCUGACCCGGAAAUCGUCCGUUGCGUCGUUGAAGCAUAAGGCAUCUGUAAAGUCGCCGUUGAAGCCUAGGUCGUCGACGGGGUCGUUGAAGCCAAAGUCGAAGUCUACCGCUAUGCAGCCGCCCGAUGUCGAGAAGGCGGAGGGAGAGGAGGGGAAACCGGUGUUGAGAACGCGGGCGUCUAGGAAGCAGCUUGCUGAAGUUGUUGAUACGAGUGUAGAUGGGGAGGGAGAGGUGUGGGCGAGGAUGAGGACGCGCUCGGGUAAUGAAUGA